AACAAGAGCACAUUAGGCACAACACCUAAAGAAUCCAUUAGAGAUGCGUUCGCAGAUAACUAUCUUCCUCGCCAUCGCGGCUUUCGUUUCGACUGUCUGGGUAGCGUCUGCCCAGACGCCCCCUGAUCCUGCUACUCCUCCUGCCACUCCUCCGGCCACUCCUCCUGCCACUCCUCCGGCCACUCCUCCGGCCACUCCUCCGGCCACCCCUCCGGCCACUCCGCCGGCCACUGAUCCAACUACUCCCGCUACUCCCUCGGCAUCCGAUAGCAGCACCACCGCACCCACCACCGUGGCUCCCCCCACCAAGAAACCAAGUGAGAAGCCGAAGACCGUUAUCCACUACAAGAAGAAAACCUACAAGCCGAUCAGACGCCGCACGAUCCGCCACUCACAUGAAGGGAAGAGGAAGAACCGAUCGCGUCGGGACUAAGAAGGACACCUCAUUUCGAACACCGCAGACCCUGAAAAUCUACUAGAACGACCCACAAGAACCGUUUUAAACCAACUGCUACUUUACUAUUAUUAUGUUGUUAUCAUAUUAUUAAGAAAUUAAAUGCUUAUUUUAUAAAAAGAGUUUCAAGAUUUUGU